AUGAAUUACUAUCAACACCCCUGGUCUCUCCACACCCUAGGGUUCGCUUCUGAUUGUUCCUCAAAUAGGUGUGGGAGAAAGACAGGAAGCGGUGGGGCAAUUUCAGAGCGGAAAGGCCUAGAAGCCAAAGCGGAUGGGACCCAGCCCAAUCCCAACAAAAUGCUCAGAAGGACGCAGUCACCGCUUAGACAGGCUUCCAGAGUCUGGGUGCAGAAUUCUGCCGGGAUGGGGCGGUCUUCCUGGCUCCUUCCUCUCCCCCUCCUCCUGCUGCUGCUGUUCCUCCAGCCCUGGGCAGGGACAGAAGCCCCCAAGGACCUGAUCGGGGCCGUGUGGGGGUCGAUCACCUUCCCCCUGGACAUCCCAUCUGGGCAGCCAGUCGAGAGCAUUGCCUGGACUUCCAACGGGGCCGUCGCCACUGUGAUCCCAGGAGGACGGGGAAACCCUCCUAACAUCAUCAUCACCUCUCAGCGACACAGGGGACGAUUGACCAUCUCCACAGACUACUCCCUGACCAUGAGCCCACUGAGCCUGGAGGAUACGGGAACCUACAGAGCCGAUGUCAACACUGCUGACAACACCACCAGCACCCAGUUCUCCCUGCGUGUCUAUGAGCUGCUGGUGGAGCCCUCGGUGAUGGUGAAGUCUACGGUGUCCAUCAAUGGCAGCUGUACCGUCACUCUGACCUGCUCUGUGGCCAAGGGAGGGGACAAUGUGACUUUCAGCUGGACGCCCCUGGGGCUGGAGACCACCGUGUCCCCCGACGGUGCCAUCCUCAGCAUCUCCCGGAAUCCUGGGGACCCUCUCCGGGGCUACAUGUGCACGGCCACAAACCCUGUCAGCGGCAACUCCCGCACCGUUCCCUCUGACCAGAUCCUCUGUGCAGAUCCAGUCCCAGAGUGGGCCAGACUGGUGGCGCCCCUCUCCCCAAUGAUGUGGAUGCUCGGGGCCAAGGGGCUUCUCCUUCUCAUCCUCCUGGGGGUCCUGGUGACGAUUUUCACCCUGGGCAGCCCCCACUGUGAACUCCAAAGGAACCCGAGAGCUGGAGCAGGACGUCAAAGAGCGGGAUGUCCAUUUCCCAGCUGUAGUCCGGUGUGACGGGGACACCGGGUGGCCUGCUGUCUGGCUGGCAGCACCGUGGCCUCAAGGACUCGGUCCAUCUCUGGGCCGUUCCCUGUCCCCCGAGGCUCCAUCUCCACUAAGGCCUCCAUACUCUUCGGGUUGGGUCCACCACCACCUUUCGGGCCCCCUCUCUCCCAGAAAGAUGGCCAGGAAAUGGCCUCCAGGGGAAGAUGUGAAGGAGCACGGCCUAGUAGAAAGACCCUGGGCCUAGGAAUCAGAAGGACCUGGCUUCUAAU